AUGACACCAAGGUGGUAUGAGAUGGUUAAAAGAAUAGGUUUAUUAUUAUUAUUAUUAAUAUUAUUAAUAGAAAAGAUUGCACCUAUAGUGAUAGAUUCAAAUAAUAAUUAUUGUCCAACUAAUUUUUUUGAAAAACCUCGUCCUCAACAAUGUAAAAAGGCAUGUAAUAAUGAUAAACAAUGUAGAAGAGGAAAAAAAAAAUGCCUUUGUGAUGGUAGAUGUGGAAUGAGUUGUAUAAAUCCAAAUCUUAAUUGUCCACAUCUUUCUAAUCCUGAAAAUGGUCAUAUAAUGCUUUCAAAUGGUUUUAAAUUUAAUUCAAUAGUUGAAUAUUUUUGUAACCCUGGUUAUAUUUUAAAUGGUAAUUCAGAAAGAAGAUGUCAAGGAAACAAACAAUGGAGUGGUUCUUUACCAAUUUGUAGACUUCAAUAUAAAUGUGGACCACCACCUGAAUUACCAUAUACGGUUAAUAAUGGUCGUAGUUUUAAUGGACAAUAUGAUUCAAAUUCAGAAGUAACAUAUCAAUGUACAAGAGGAUAUACAGCUAAUUAUGAAACAAAUCCUACAACAAAUAUUAGUAAACAAUUUUAUAAAGCAAAAUGUUUUAUAAAUAAUAGUGGUUUUGCUACUUGGUUAGGUCCUGAUAUAAGAUGUAGAGCUAUAAGUUGUGGAGAUCCAUCUGUUCCAUUAAAUGGAUAUCGAGAUGGUAAUUUAUUUUUUUAUCCACAUGAAGUAAAAUUUUAUUGUUAUCCUGGUUUUCAUUUAAUUGGUCCACAUACUAGAAAAUGUGAAAGUAAUGGAAAAUGGACAUUUGAUAAACCUACUUGUCAACCAACAGAAUGUAGUAGACCACCAGAUCCUUUACAUGGUUCAGUUAUUGGUUCAUCAUUAUCUUAUGAAUCAAUAAUUUCAUAUUCAUGUAAUGAAGGUUUUCGUCUUGUUGGUCAAGUUCAACGUUUCUGUACUGAAGAAGGUAUUUGGGCAGGUAGUGAACCUAUAUGUGAAGAAAUAAAAUGCCCACCAUUACAACCAUUAUAUAAUGGAUAUACUGAAGGUUUUGAUACAUCAUAUGGUACAACAGUUAUAUUUCGUUGUUAUGAAGGUAUGAAACAUCUUGGAUCACCAUUUACAAAAUGUGAAGAAAAUGGAAAAUGGUCACAUCCAAUGCCACAAUGUUUAGCACAUUGUAAAACACCAAAAAUUAGUGGAGGAUAUAUAGAAAAAAUACUUUCUGAUCGUCUUGUACAACAUGGUGCAAGAUUAAAAGUUAUUUGUAAUUCAAAACAUGAAACUAAUUUAAAUCCUUUUAUUAAUUGUAAUAAUGGUACAUGGUCACAUAUUCCUAAAUGUGUUCCAAAUAGUUGUAAAAAUUGGCCACCAAGAUUAUCACAUGCAAAAGUUUAUUUUACCAAAUCAACACAUGGUUCAAUUGCAAAAUAUCAUUGUAGACAGGGAUUUCAGGCAUCAUCUAAAAAUAAUUCUAUUAAAUGUAUGUUUGGUGAAUGGAUAAUUGAAAAAUCAAAAUUUAGAUGUAUACCAAUUAGUUGUGGUCAUCCAGAAAAAACAUUUGGUAUUUUAAAAGAUGGUAGUAUAAUGUUAGAAGGACAAAUGGGAAGUUAUAUGGUAGCUAAUUAUAUAAAUAAAGUUGCUGAAGGUAAAAGUAUAACUUUUAGUUGUAAUAAAGGAACAAUUUUAAUAGGUCCACCAAAAGCAUCAUGUGUUAAUGGUCAAUGGAAACCUAAUGUUAAACCAAAAUGUGUUUCACAAACACAUGCUACAAUUGAUGGGCAAAUUGUAUGGAAUAGAAAUAAACGUAAUGUUUCUUUUAUUGAUGAUAAAUAUAAAACAAUUUCGGAAUAUAAAAAUGCAUAUCAUACUAAACCUGUUUGUCAAUUACCCAUUAGAUUACAUUCAUUUUUUUUAACUAAUGAAAAUAAUGAAAAAAUUCUUCAAUCAAAAGAUUUAGUUACACAUGGAGUUGAAAUUCAAUUAAUUUGUUUAAAAGGAUAUCAUGUUGUUGGUAUUAAUAAAACAAUUUGUGAAUAUGGAAUGUUAACAGAUUCUCUUGGUUCAUGUCAACCAUUAAAUUGUAAUUUAUAUGAAUUAGAGAAUGUUGAUAUUGCAUGGAUAACAUCAUCUUCAAUUUUACAACAUGGUAAUAGUAUAAAAUAUACAUGUAAAAGUUUUGCUCAAAAUUCUGAUAAAAUAAAAUUAUUUACUACUUCAUGUUUUUAUGGAAAAUUUAAACCAGAACUAGAAUGUAAUAAAUAUAUAAUUGGAUCUAUAAAUUAUUGUCCUGCACCUAAAGUUAAACAAUUAGCAUCUGUUUAUAAAUUUAAUGAUUCAUCUUUACAAUAUAAAGAAUAUUUAAAUGAAAAUUUACCUUUUUUUGUUAAUGGUACAUUUUUCCAUUUUUAUUGUUCUAAAAAUGAUAAAAAAGAAGAUGAGGCUGGAGCUAUUGAAUGUGUUAAUACAGAAUGGGUUACAAGAUUACUUCCAUGUAUUGAUGAAAUAUUAAUUAAAGAACCAAAACAAAUAUCACAAACAUCAGAUAGUCAUUAUUUAAAUACUCGUGUAUGUAAAUUACCAAUAUUAAAUUAUACAACAUACAAAAUUUAUAAUAUUAAUUUUGGUAAAAAUUCUUUAUCACCUGAUACUAUUUUUCCUCAUGGAACAAUUUUACUUGUAACAUGUUCUAUGUAUGGUUAUGUAUCUGAUUUUAAAUAUCAAACAUCAGAAUUAAAAUGUCGUAGAGGUAGAUGGAAAAAACCUAAAGAUAUGAUAAGAUGUCCUGAUAUUAAAGAUACUUGUAUAUAUGAAAUGGAUUCAACUGCUAAUUUAUCUGUUUAUCAUGUACAAGGAAAAAGACCAGUACUUUUUAAUGAAUAUUUUCAAUAUUUAGAUAAAUUACAAUUUACCUGUUCAAAUAAUUAUUUAAGUCAAAUAAGAGGUGUAACAGAAAUAACAUGUUUACGUGGAAAAUGGUCAGCUCCAUAUCCAAGAUGUCAUAUAUUAGAUCCACUUUCUGGUGAUAGAACAUCACCACCUGUUCAUUUUAUUGUUGAUGGUAUUAAUCCUCCUAAUUAUUAUGUAGCACCAAAAGGUGAACUUUUUGUAAAAGAAGGUUCUACAUUACGUCUUUUAUGUUUACAUAAACCAACAAAAAUUGAAGAAGAAUUACCAAUAUGGAGAUAUGAUUCAUCUUAUCGAAGUUAUCCUCUUAAAUCAGAUGUUAAUUAUGCCGGUAAACCUAAAAUGCUUUCAGCUUUUGAACUUUCUAUACCAAAUACUUUACCACAAGAUUCUGGUAUAUAUCAUUGUACAUAUCCUUCUAGUGGAAGUACAAGAUCAAUUAAAGUAAUUGUAACAGAUGCAACCUGUUCAUAUAUAAAUUCACCAUCAAAACAUUUAUUAAUUCAUUUUUCACAAAAAACAAAUUUUAUUGGUUCAAUGGCACAAUUUUCUUGUCCAACCAAUUAUCUGAUCUCUGGUCCUAGAGCCUUAUUUUGUAUGCCAAAUAAGAAAUGGUCUCAUAAACCUCCUACAUGUAUACAAAAAAUAUGUCAACCAUUAACUUUAACACCAGAAUCAAAAUUAAGAGUUUCUAUAACAUCAUAUAAAUAUGGUGGUAUAGCAACAUUUACCUGUCCAUCAAAUUAUGAUAUUGAAGGUAAUCAUCAUAUACAUUGUCUUGUUAAUGGUACAUGGAGUAAAAAUGCUAAAAUACCAAAAUGUAUACCAAAAAAAUGUAAUGAAGAUAUUGAUAUUCCAGUUAAUGGUUAUAUAAUUAAACAAUAUUUUAAACCUUUAUCAUAUGAUAAUGAUAUAGAUAAUGUUAAUAUUUCUUUUUUUCAUUCAUCAUAUACAGAAAGUUCUAUAUAUUCACCACCAUAUUAUCCAGGAACAUUAUUAAUAUUUUCUUGUAAAAAUAAUUAUAUGUUAACAGGAAAUGAUUUUAUUAUUUGUCAAAAAGAUGGUAAAUGGUCAGAUAUGGUAACAAAAUGUGAAGCUGUUUGUAAAUUUCCUGGUAUUAAUAAUAAUGUUGAUAUAACAAGUACAAAAAAAGAAUAUUAUAAAGUUGGAGAUAGAAUAGUUUAUAUAUGUAAAAUGGGAAAUGGUUUUAAAUUAACUUCUCAUAAUGUUUUAGAAUGUCUACCUAAUGGUAUAUGGAAUAGAAAAGUUCCUAAAUGUGUUAAAGGUUAA